CACACAUACAAUGUACUACGUACGAAGUAUACUACACGCCGGACUCAAAGCUUACCGGAAAAAAAAAACGGAUCAAGAGGAUAAAUGUGGAAGAUGUUCUGAGACAGUAUUUAUACUACUUCGAGCCAGAGCCCAGAAGCACUUGUCAAACCUCGACCCGCGACAUAUAUAUAUACAUAUACGUGUAUAUAUAUAUAUAUACUACAUAUAUAUAUAUGCAAAUUUUUGACCCUUCGUUUUAGCCAGAACCGAGCCUUGAAAACACUUCUGAAACCUCCCCUUCGUGAGAGGAAUCCAACGGUGAAACAAUCAUAGAAAACAGUCGUGAAACGAGAGAGAUAUCACUUGCCGGAGUUCGCCGGACUUACCGCAACGACGGAAAACGGCAAAGAAGAAGGUGCCGCCGCCGCUGCCAGUCCAUCACUGACCUUCGCCGUCCCAGAGGGAGUGCACCGCCGAGCUUCGCCGUCCCAGAGGGAGUGCACCGCCCCCACUGUUUUCUGCCACGAAUGCUCGACGAAGAAGACGACUCGUGAUUAUUAGAGACAAGGAUAGAGAAGAAGAACUAGGAGCAUCAGGAAUAAAGCAAGGUGAUGAUGCUUAUGUGGACUGAUGAUUGUAUGACCACGAGAGCGGUUUAGAGUUGCCUUAGAAAAAUAUAGUCAAGAAUAAACAUUUAUUUACAAGUACAUUAGUUUUUAUUGUUUUAUUUUGGUUUGCCUGUGCAUCCGGUUAAGAGAUGACCGGAUGUGGCGGUAACACCCAUUUCCCAAUUAAUGUUAUUUCCGCUGCAAAACUUUUUAUCUGUUUUAAUAAAUCAAUUUUAUUAUCAAUAAAUCUAUUAUUUCAAGUAUUAUUUUGGGAGGGAAAAUGGGGGUGUUACACUGAAGAUCUGUGGUCUUAACCAUCUACGAGGACAAAACAAGGGCGGACAACUAUUUCUACUCAGUCAUCACUAUAUGGGACAACAGAGAGAAGUCUGGCAACACGAACUUCAAACUGCCAAAGACCCAGUCUGGGCUAUUCUCAACGUGGGUGAAACAAACUCCCAAGACAUCAAACUCUCUGUCUACCAUCUACAACGGUCUGACGGAACAGAAUUCACGUGCAAGGAAAAUGAUCUCUAUAUGCUAAAAAUGGAUGACAUAUAUCAGAUGUAUCUUGCAUUUCAAGAAAUUCCGGGCACUCGUGACACAACUACACAGAAUGGGCUGGAUGCACUCAAGCGCUUUAUGCUCAGACAAAUCAAAUUCUUUGCCUCUCAUGAUCUUCAGAUGGCGCUUGAAACAAACAUGCCAAAGACAAAUCUCACAAAGCCAAAGCUGUAUGGACAAGAACUUGAGGACUUCCCUGAGUAUUACAUUUUUGAUAGACCAAUCACGCUUAUCUAUCUAAAUCAUAAUGGUGAGAAACGUAUGCUAUUCAUUGAUGAAAUCAACAAGUACUGUGACGGAACCCUGAAGAUUGUGAAAGAAAAGCUGCAACCGAUCAGAGAAGCAUUCAAAGAAAGACAACAACAGUAUGCAGAUGCGACAGAUGCCGAAUUAAAGGAAGCACACAUAAUAGACAAAAUUCUACAGGCUAUCCAGAAACAACUUGAUAAAAGAAACUCACUCAGAAACUAUGAGCACGCACUUAAUCUCAGAAAGAACUAUUACAAAGCUCAGAAGUGAAGAAACCCAGCAAGACGGCACUUGACCACAAAGGGGGAGAUUGUUAGAACUUUUAUUGUGGGUCAAGUUUGUCUGUAAUGUCUUGUUUAAAUAAAGUAGACUAGUUAUACCAUUUAUGGUAUUAGAUUAGUAUUUAUUAUGUAGCAAAUAAGGUAAAGGGAAU